GGAAAAUAUUGCCAUCAUAUCGUUCAGUGUACGUCCAAUAGUGGGAAUAAAUUGACCAUCAUGAGGCGAAGUCAUUUCAGAGUUGGAGAAAAGUCAGUCUUAAUUUAAUUCGAUUUGAAUUUGGUAUCGAAAAUAAAAAACAGACGUGAAGAAAAUAAAUAAUUUUCGAUAUAAUCUUCAUGUUAUGUGGAGAGUAAUCGGCUACAAUAUUGUAACGCGGGUCUGAGUAACGUUACCACCUGAAACUCUACUGGCUUUUCCUCUCAUCGGCCGUUUAUUCUUCUUCCGGGUAAAGGUACUCGGUAGGUGAUGUUAAUCUAUCUCCCCGUCGCCCGGGAAACGGCGCAGCAUAAUCCUGCACAGCCUUCAACACAGUGAAGCGUAAAAAGCGAACUCCACCAGCACACUCGCGCGCCUGUGUUCGCAUUGGGGCUCGUGCUACGCAAAUUUGACAACACCUGCCUUUGUGCAUGAGUGUGGAUAGACCACAAACAGGACAUUGCAUUAAUGUGAGCGUGAAUCAUGAGCGAUGGAUGGACAUGGUGAGCGCAACUCUCCAAAAGAGGCACCGAAUAACACGGAGAUGCUCCUUGCUUUGCUGUCGCACAGUGAGGAGCUACGGAAAGAAAUCCCAGUGUGUGCAGGCUGCAAUCAACACAUCGUGGACCGCUUUAUCCUCAAAGUGCUGGAUCGCCACUGGCACAGCAAGUGCCUGAAAUGCAGCGACUGCCAGGCGCAACUGGCGGAGAAGUGCUUCAGCAGGGGCGACAGCGUCUACUGCAAGGAGGAUUUCUUCAAAUUCGGGACCAAAUGUGCGGCCUGUCAGCAGGGGAUACCGCCCACACAGGUGGUGAGGAGAGCGCAGGACUUCGUCUAUCACCUGCACUGUUUCGCCUGCAUCGUGUGCAAGAGGCAGCUGGCCACAGGUGACGAGUACUAUCUGAUGGAGGACAGCAGGCUGGUCUGUAAGGCCGACUACGAGACCGCCAAACAGAGAGAAGCAGACUCAACUGCAAAAAGGCCACGAACAACCAUCACUGCUAAACAGCUGGAAACGCUGAAGAACGCUUACAAUAACUCUCCCAAACCUGCCCGCCACGUCCGGGAGCAGCUAUCAUCAGAGACGGGCCUGGAUAUGCGGGUUGUGCAGGUUUGGUUUCAGAACAGGCGAGCUAAAGAGAAAAGGCUGAAGAAAGACGCCGGUCGGCAGAGGUGGGGGCAGUACUUCCGCAACAUGAAGAGGUCACGAGGAAGCUCCAAAUCCGACAAGGACAGCAUCCAGGAGGAGGGCAUGGACAGUGACGCUGAGGUGUCCUUUACAGAUGAACCACCCAUGUCAGAGCUUGGCCUCACUAACGGCAUCUACAGCAGCCUGAGCGAGUCCUCUCCAGCCAUGGGGGGCCGCCAAGGGAGCAACAACCACAGCUCCUUCCCCCUGGAGCACAGCGUCAUCCCCUCUCAAGACCAGUUCCAUGACAUCCGCUCCAACAGCCCCUAUGGCCUUCCUCAGUCGCCGGGGCCACUUCAGGCGUUACCCAGACACCAACCUCUCAUCUCCAGCUUGGUCUACCCCGACUCUGGCCUUUCUAUCAUGACCCAGGGCAGCGGGCCCGGGAUCAACCCCGCGGUGAGGGUCUCCAUGGGUGCCGCCAACGGCCCCAGCUCAGACCUCUCCACCGGCAGCAGCGGAGGAUACCCAGACUUUCCUGCCAGCCCUGCCUCCUGGUUAGAUGAAGUGGACCACGGACAGUUUUGAUUGGUCUACCAAGAAAUUUGACUUUUGAUUUUUUUUGUGUCUUCUGUUGGAUUUUAGGAACUGGAAAAUAGUCACACAGGACAGUGAUUGUGUAAAGGACUAGACUGCUGACAGUGAUUGUGUAAAGGACUAGACUGCUGUCCUUGGAUCUCACCAAUAUCUGAUUAACAGGUCCAUUCAGUUAGGUAAUCUGGAUGGGAGGAAGGAGGAAAAUGUCCUUCAUUAGAAGCACUUGACCUAACAUUGUCCCUCACUAGUAAAACCGUAUGUUAAGCAAGAAAUCAGUCAAAAAUGUUCAGUUUUCAGAUACCAAUAAGCCUUUUUCACAACAAUGUGGAGACCACAGAUACAGACUACAGAAAGUUUAGACAUUGACCAUCUGGAUUUUCACCAACUCCCCCUUUAUUCACAUCAGCUCUGUGUUCAGGUGCAGAAUUCAGUUCAACGUUCAGUCUUUAAACGUCUGGUUGUUGCCAAAUGUCUAUAUAUAUAUAUAUAUAUAUAUAUACAUAACGGUUUAUCAUUGUGGAGACUUUAUUUUUAUACCAACCCCUUCUUGGACAUGAAUAAGAACCCAGAUAUGAGGACUUUGUACAUUCUUAAACAGGGAUAUAGGCAAAAAUGUAGAUGUUGUCUUAAAUGGUACCUAGGGGUCCAAUUACUUCUAUGCAUUUGUGUGUUCUCAGAUGUAUCUCGUUCGUUUUGUUCUACCGAAAACAACCCCAAAGGAAGAACUUCUGUAGCACCCAGGGGUCUGAUGUAUAUGUUUGUUUAUGUGGAAAAUGUUUUAUGUCUUAUUUAUUCCUUCUGGUAAUGAUGAUGAUGAUGAUUCCUGAUUAAAUGACAGGACUUUAAUAAAUUUGUCACCAAAAUCAA